AUGCGCUUUGGUAUGAGCAAGGUCACCGUCUCCCAGGCUAACGCAGUCCGCUUACUUGCAGAUUACCCGUUCGACUCUUCCUGCAAGCGUAUGACGGUUGUUUACUCCGCACCCAACACCAGCUCCACCGAUGUUUACACCAAGGGGGCGCUGGGGACACUACUGCCGCUCCUGGACGCGUCUGACGACAUCAAGAAGGAGUUUACCGCCAAAGCUGAUGCCCUUGCGGCUGCAGGACUCCGAGUCCUCUGCAUCGCACACAAAUCCGUACCGACAAGUGCCGGCCUCGCGGAAAGCCGUGAUAUCGCUGAAAGCCACUUGACACCACUUGGUCUCGCUGCGCUGUAUGACCCCCCACGACUUGAGACUGCAGAGGCAGUAAGGAAGUGCAAGGUCGCAGGGAUAUCCGUCCACAUACUGACCGGUGAUCACAUCAAAACUGCGACAGCCAUCGCACGCGAAGUUGUAAUCCUUGGUCCCCACCUCACAGUCGCCGAAGCUGUGAAUGCCACGAUGCCUGCUGCUGCCUUCGACGCUCUCAGCGAUGCGCAAAUCGAUGGGAUGGAGAAGUUGCCACUGGUCCUCGCCCGUUGUAGCCCCUCGACCAAAGUACGCAUGGUCGAAACUAUGCAUCGUCGCACCGCGUUUUGCGUCAUGACAGGUGACGGCGUCAAUGACUCCCCGGCUCUGAAAAAGGCUGACGUUGGCAUCGCGAUGGGAUUUAAUGGCAGUGACGUUGCUAAGGAGGCUGCAGACAUGGUACUCACCGAUGACAACUUCGCCUCCAUCGUCACCGCUGUUAAGGAAGGACGAAGGCUAUUCGACAACAUCCAGAAGUUCUUGUUACACUUGCUCAUUUCGAAUAUCGCACAAGUCAUCCUGCUCCUCAUCGGCCUCGCCUUCAAAGAUGAACACGUCAAGUCGGCACAGCCCGACAUCAAGCUGCGACCGCCCCACGACCUCCGCAUCGUCGUGUUCACGCGCGAGAUCAUCGUCGACAAGAUGGCGUACGGCGUCUUCCUGUGCUCGCUCUGCAUCGCGGCCUUCGCCAGCGUCGUACUGGGUCACGACUGCAACGCCGGCUACAACGAUACCUGCGGCAUCGUGUAUCGCGCGCGCGCCACGACCUUUGCCACGCUUUCGUUCCUGCUGCUCGUGACGGCCUGGGAGGUGAAGCACUUCACGCGCUCCUUCUUCAAUAUGUAUCCCGAGCUCUACGGCGGCGCCUUCUCCGUGUUCAAGACGGCGUACAGGAACAAGUUUCUUUUCGGAGCUGUGCUUGCGGGGUUUGCCAUCACCUUUCCCGUUCUGUACCUGCCGGUUAUCGAUCAUAUCGUUUUCAAGCACGAAGGGAUCACAUGGGAGUGGGGAAUCGUGGUUGGCUGUGUCGUGGUGUAUGUAGCUCUGAUCAAGAUCUGGAAGGCGGGCAAGCGCCGUAUGUCCAAAUAG